AUGUCGAGCUCGAUCGUCGGUUGGCGGAAGGUGGUUAUGGUUCGAUGCGAAAGUCGCGGUCGAGUCAACGUCAUCGAGUUCAACAUCAAUGUCGAAGUCAACAUCAUGUCAGUUGAAGCAGGCAGUCAAGUGGUCAGCAGUUGGUCGUCAAGGAAAGAUAGUGAAGGCGACGACAAGCCAAAUUUUCCAUCGUGUAGCAGUCGUAUUCUACGCUUAUUUCUCGUCUUCAAGUUACCCUUAGGCUCCCUUAAGGAUGUGGUAGUGAGUCGCUUCUAG